CAGAGCACCAGCAACUUAGACAACUCACACAAAACCGAUUAUAACAAAAUUCACGGAAACUAUUAAUAGUGUAAUUUUGAGGCUCACAAAACGGUUUUCGCUUUGCGGUAGACCUGCGCGUAAGCAGAAAACAGAAGGGGAAAUAGUGCGCAUUCUACAAUAUUUUUUGCUAACAAAUUACAUUCUCACUUUUUAUAAUAUACGUCAUUCUCACGUUAAAAAGUAGAUAAGUCACUAGUUAAAACAUUUAGUAUUGAUUCUAGAGAAAGAAAACAUCUGAAAUGUCUAUAUUUUAAGAUCCGUCCAAUAGUAACCAUCCGCCAAUUUCCCAACGUCCAUCGGAAUCAUGAACGAGUGAAACUCGAGAAAGUUUUCAGGUGAGGAAGAAAUCUGUAUCAUGACAGGGGUUCAGCCAAUGCCCUGUCCGGUGCUCUUGGGCACUGUGAAAGGUGGAGGUUUAUCAGCUCUCCUGCACAGAUACACAAUUGAGAAAAAAGUAGCAAAAGUGGAGAAAGUGCUCAAGAAAGGUGUGGAAGUUGACAGCAUGAACCACCUUGGACAGACACCACUCUUUUGUGCGUCUCUCCUUGGCUUUGCUAGUGUAGCAGAGAAGCUUCUACAGUAUGGAGCAAACCCAAAUCACCGCUGUAAUGAUGGAAGUACUCCCGUCCAUGCUGCAGUUUUCUCUUGUAAUCCCUGGUUGCUGAGUUCACUGCUGGAUGCUGGCGGGGACCUGCGUCUCCAUGAUGAUCAGGGCCGGGUGCCGAAGGACUGGGCCGAGGCAGGCGCGCAGGAGAACAGUCCGAAGAUGCUUGCUUUUCUGAAGAGAUGCGAGUCUCAAAUGCAGAGGUUAUUGCAAACACAUCUGUCCAGAGAUGAGCGUACCACCCCGACUUCCUCAAAGACACUGCUGAGCUCUCCAUCCCUGCUCAAGCUCUUGAGACCUCGGUCAUCUGGGCUCAUUCAUGAAAAUAACACAAGAUAUAAGAUGUCUGCCUGUGAUAUGAUGAUGCAUUGUUUUGGCUAUGGAAAGUUAUGCUUUGAGAAGCCAGGGUUAAGUCUGGGAUUGGCUGCUUCUGUGCUCUUGAUAAGUGACUGUGACUUAGUUCAAGCUAAUGAUGAACCUCUCAAUUCCUUUAUGUGUGGAUCUUUCAUACGUAUGACCAAUUACAGUUGGAAAGGAUAUCGUGUCACUGUUAAAGAGCUGCAUGAUGUGAUUUUGCAAAAAUGUGAAGAACAUGAUGGUCUCCUGGAUCUGCUGAUUUCUGAGCAGGAGUAUUGCUGUCAGCUGUCUCACCCGCACCUGCUGCUGCUGAUGGCUGUGAGUAUCUCUGCUGACCUGGACAGCACAAAGCUGGUCUAUGAGAGAGUAAAUCUGGGAUCCCUGUACAAUGUGCUGCACCAAAGGCGGGAUGAGUUUCCUCUCCUACCGCUGGUUGACCUAUUAUCAGUGGUGCUACAGGUGUGUGAGGUGUUAAUGUACCUGCAUGGCCGAUCUCUGGUGCUCAGGGCCCUUUCUUCACACACUGUACUUAUAGUGCACCCUGGAGUUGCCAAGGUUACGGGCCUUGGGUUCAUUGUACCCAGUGAAGGAACGGCCUCCUACGCCCCACCUCCUGUUCCUUUGCCUCUCGGUCUGAUCAACUGGGCAGCUCCAGAAGUAAUUAGAUAUAGAGCAUGUACAGGAAAAGCUGAUCUCUAUAGUGUGUGCGCCCUUUUACAGGAGAUCUUUACAGAUGCUGUGCCAUGGGGCUCCACAGACCCACGCUGGAUAAAACGGUCAGUAGAGGCCAGUCAGGCUCUGAUAGCAAACCCUGCUGUGCCUGAGCCUUAUUACCACUUCCUGCAGACGGGCCUCCAGCACAGAGCCCAGCACAGAACCAGCAGCCUGCAUGAUUUGUGCUACAAUCUACGCUGUCAUAUAAGGGAGAUUAGAAGUGAGAAGACUAGAAGUGGAUGGCACUCAUGGUCAGUGCUUCAGAGCAUCCCUGGAUGGAAUACAGAUAUUAAUCAGACAAGAGAGCAAGACAAAUCUGUAUAUCAGCACUGCAGUACUGCAAUACACAAUGAGAUCCGGGAACAUCACCUGAAAAGAAUCUACAGAGAAGAAGACGAGUCCACCUCAGACACUAAUGACUUCCACUCAGAUAUUUCGCAUAGUGAUAUCACUGCUUUGCAUGAAUGGCCCUCUACCCAUCAUACCUCACUUUCUGAGCCACCUUGUUCUAACUAUAGGGAUACAGACAAGGAUCUGGCAAUUAGUCGCUCUAUCUCAAAGCAUACUGGCUCCAUUGUUCUCAACCUCAAAGUGUCUCAGGUUGUUCUAAAGCAAGCUGAGCAGAGUCUGGAUAAUGUGGAGGCAGACCAAUUGGGCGCCCCAUGCUUUGAUGAGGUGGAUGCUCUGAUGAAGAGGGUGAACAUGGAAAAAGAGUGCAAUGUUGGUGUUGGGAAGGCUAUGGGGCCACCGUUUGAUAAUUAUAUAUCUAAGUGGACCAUUAAUAGAGAUGAGGAGGUCAGUCAGUACAGUUCAGCUCAAGAGGAGAGCUUCGAAAGCACAUCCUAUCCUAGUAGUGUACAGGAGGAGAAAAGGGACUUGAAGAGAGUUGAAACAACAAAAAGAGGACAGCAACAGACAGGACGUCAAAAGUCUGAGAGGUUAUAUGCACAGCUUGGGUUGUCUAAGGCUCAGAAAGACAGCACAGGCCGAUCUUGUCUAGAAGAACAUUUCCAAACAAAACCCUCAUGGACCAGUGAGGUUCGUGAAAUGGUGGCCCUAAUGACAGGUGGGCGCUUGGGGUCACCCUUGAGUGCUUUUGGCAGCAGUGACAGUGAGGAUGUAGCAGAGCAACAGCUCUACCUACAGGACAGACAUAGUCAGGAAUCUGAGACCCAGAAAAGCACUGAUCUGGAGCAACUGUUCAAGAGUUUCGCUGGUAUUCAGAGUGAUAGUGAGGAGAGCACAAAUUACCACACUAUCAAUCACACUUUUGAUGAGACCAAUGGAGUGCUGGAGGAAGCAAGCAACACAAAGGACAAAAGAAGUUCAGAUGAUUCGGACUGUACACAAACACAGCAAUCUAGCAUGUUCUACACACCCAAACACCACCCAUCCAUCUGCACAUCAUCUGGUGAAGAGCGUUCUCAGUCAUUGAGCUCAGAGGAUGAGUUGGAUGUCACAAUGGAGGUUUGUCGACCCAGCUCAUCUCCAGCAGAGGAAAAACAGGCUGUUGAAAACAGUCUGAGUGAAUACCGUCUUGCUCAAGAGGACUCAAAGGAUUCUGAAUCUAUUACCCCUGUGCACAGGUGCAUUCCUACCAUCAGUUGUUUGCCAGACCUGGCUGAGAUUGCAGACCUCUCCAGCAUAUCCUGUUCACCAGCCCAUCACCAAGAAUGGGUGGAGUCAGCUGAAGCCCCGCCCAUCCCUCUCAGCAGAGGACAUCCACCCUGUAACAGCACCCCACGCAGCCCAAAAGACUGUAGGACACACCUUCAAUAUGUGCAGGUUGGCACUGAACACCUCCAGAGCCUGUUGGACUCGUCACCAUGGGGCAGUGCGCCAUCCCAUACUGUCUGCACAGAGAGUUACGCCACAGCCAGCGCAGGAGACAGCAGCACAACAAAUGCCUCUGUGUCCAGCGUCCUGCAGUCUCCAGUGUUAAUCAACAUCUCUAAGGAUGGAAGAGAGAAAAUAGACUCUCCCUCCAGCGGUAAUGCAGAGUUCACCACUGCCAGCUGUGGAGCCAGACAGACCACUGAGACCAGCCAGGGAGCCAGUGAAGAGAUAGAGCAUCCUAUUAAGAAUAAUGAUGUGGAUGAGGAGGGAGAGGAAGAAGGUGAUGGCCCGUCAGAUUCUGAACAUCAAUGUGAGCAAGAGUCCUCUGAUGAAAAGGUGUUUGAUGAUGAGGACAUUGCAGAGAGGAUGGAAGGGUGUGAGGGUGAAAACCCAUGUCAGAUACAUGACCAGCAUCCAGAUGUCAACCCUGCUGCUAUGGAUAGUAAUGCAAACUUAAGGAGUCAUAACCUUGAAGAAACUGAGAUGGCAGGCUUCACCCUUGAGGGGGAUCUUCAGAGAAUGCUUUUGGAAAGAGCCACAGAGCAGAGAACCCCUACAGACCCAGGGUCCCUUGUGUCUCAGUCUGACAUAAAAGGAGAGGGGGAUGUGAGAGAGGACUUGGGCUGUCCAGAAGGGGACUACAUAGAGACAGCAGAAUGUAAAAACGAGCUGGGAGAGAAGAUUGAGGCAGCUGAUCAGUCUUGACAGGUGCACAAGAAGCCUAGAAUAAAAUGCAUUUGACCUU